AAGGGGAGGGGAGUCAAGAUACCAAGGCCAAACUCCACUUCAGUUGCAGAAAUAUCUUCCAAGACAAGGACUCCUGCAAGAAUUCCUGGGAACGAAUUGGUCAGUUGCUCACAAUCAGCAAAGACAGAUAGAAGGCUCAGGGUAUGCUCAGUGCCUGGUUGUUCUUGCAAGAUCUUUCAAAUCCCACUUCCACUACGUGAAGUAUUUCAGAAGAAUAAAGAGGAGCUGGCACAGAAGCUCUACAAACUGUUUAACAGCACCAUCUUUGAUCAGAAGUUACCAGAGACAAUGGAGAUAAUCUGGAAUAAGAAGAUGAGAAAAACAGCAGGAUAUUGUGUGACAGGGCAGACAGGUCCUGAACAGAAGCGUUAUGCUCGCAUAGAACUCUCUGAGAAAGUCUGUGACUCUGCAGAUCGCCUUCGGGACACGCUGAUCCACGAGGUUUGCCACGCGGCCACCUGGCUCAUCAACGGUGUUCGUGACGGACACGGGCGGUUCUGGAGGUUCUAUGCCAACAAAUCAGCUGUAAUUCAUCCAGAGCUGCCAGUAGUAACACGGUGCCACAGCUACGAGAUUAACUACAAAUUCACCUACGAGUGUGCUCAGUGCAAAGCUAAGAUCGGCCGGCACUCCAAGUCCCUGGACACGGAGCGGUUCGUGUGCGCGUUCUGCGGGGGGCGGCUGUCCCUCAGCCAGCCCCCGGGCAAGGGGGGCACCCCUGCCAGGACACAGCUCACACCCUUUGCCAAGUAUGUGAAGGAAAACUACGGACUGGCCAAGAGAGAGCAGCAGGGGCUGAGCCAUGCAGAGGUCAUGAGGAAACUCGGUGCUGAUUUCGCUUUGAAAACCAGGCUUGAUGAUUCCUUUUAACAUCUCAAUAGAUUUCCUUACUUGGUGCCACUUAAAUUUUGUAUAUAGAGUAGUAGAUGAGUCUAACAUGAGUCUAAGAAUUGUUUCAGAGGAUUCCAGAUAAUUGUAAUAUUUUAGUGCUAAGUACUUCUAAUAAAGACCUUAAGGCCUUUUCUAAAAUGGGCAAGAGUGAGCAAAAAUGAUGACAGCUAGUCCAGGGUGAUGCACAAGUCAGGGUAUCCUUAGACUUCAGAGGAACACCACCUGUGCCUGGGAAGAUGCAGUUCCAGUCCCCCCCUUUGGGACUGACUCACUAUGUUUGGCUGGAAUUUUCUGAGCAGCACUUACCCAUAGUGCUCCACAGCAUGUCUUCAGUGACUCCAGUGAGCAAUGGAUUUACUCUUCCAUCUGGGUACCUGAUAUGCUGUAGGCUCUGUGUAUAUGCUGAGAAACUGCUGGGUGUGCAUCUGUCUGGGAUUGCCAGGUGGAAGAAAGUCCAGGCCCACCAGCCCUCUGAUUCUAGCUGAAUGAUUUCCAGGCAGGAAAAGGGGCAGACCAGAGUUGGGCUUCAAGAUGGGUUCAGAUAUUCUCCCAUGUGGAGUCUCUUGAGUGAGUGACCCUUGGCUGUUUUUGUUAAAAUUAAGUGGGUUUUGUUAAAUUAAUUAAAAUUAGUGGUUAAAAUAAUGUUAAAAUUAAUGGUGGCUUAAAUCUGUUAGAAAAAGUGAGUUUCUACAAGGCCUUCUGGCCCUGAGUGAGACUGAAGCUCUUUGAUUGAAAAUGUGAAUGCAAUGUACCUCAGUCAUUGAGAUUUCAGAGAAACUAAAAUAGAUGCAAGAGGUCAGGGUAGGGAAAGCAAAUUCAAACACUUUCCACCACAGAAGGGGGAGGUCUAGUCAGAUGAUUUAAGUCUUUCACAUAAAAUAUGACUGAAUGUGUGUCUUCUGUAAGCAAAUUGCUCAGGGAAUGUAAUAAUAUUGAAUAAUCAAUAAAUGCUAAUGUUGUACCAACUGUGGCAAUGAA